AUCCAGAUUAAAUACAUAAACAAUAUUCUAUAUAAUGCAAAUAGUAUCAGUACUGUAGUGCGGUGAUUAAGUCAUGUAUAUUUUGUAUAUUUGAAGUUUAAGGACAUUACAAUUAACGCUUUUUUGUCAUUCUUUAAGGAAUUAUAUCAUAUUUGAAAUGUCGGGUUCAAGUGAUGAAGAAGAAGUGGACGAAAUUGCCAAACUUGGUCUGUCAAAAGAACAACUUUCAGAUUUUCAACGUGCAUUUGACUUGUUUGACCCGGACGGUGAUGGCACGAUCACGACUCUUGAGUUAGGUACAAUUAUGAGGGUCAUAGGUCAGAACCCCACAGAGGCGGAACUUCAGGACAUGGUGAACGAAGUUGACGAAGACGGAAAUGGAACAAUAGAGUUUGACGAAUUUGUUAAAAUGAUGGCAUCGAAAACGUCAACAUCGAAUUCUGGCGUCAACAGAGAAACAUUUGACGUUUUUGACGUAGAGAAAACUGGUUACAUAACAGCCAAAGGGUACGUGACUGCAGAGUAUGUAACUGAAGGGUAUUUAGCUGAAGGGUAUGUGACUGAAUGGGAUGUAACUGAAGAGUAUGUAGCUGAGGGUAUGUGA